AAACUCGUGUUAGGUACCACAUUCUGUGAUAAUUUGGAUUUGUAUGUCACCAUGGCGGAGUCUAUUCUGGUUCUGCGUGUCAUCAAGACCAUUGUUGGCCUUCUGGGCAUUUUUGGUAACGCUUUGGUGUGUUUCGUUGUCUUUAAGACCAAAGCAAUGCAUACUACUACCAAUGCAUUUAUUACAAACCAAGCCGUCAUCGAUUUUCUCGGUUCAGCCAUGCUUCUCCUCGGUAGUAAUACGCCCAUCCCGGUUCCUUUACCCACUGGGCUAUCAGGAGAUCUCCUGUGCCGGCUGUGGAUCUCCGAUUUCUUCCUCUGGGCAUUUUUGACCGUCUCCACCAUCAACCUGGUGUUCCUGACAUUCGAGAGGUACUUUGCCAUCGUAUUCCCUUUUAGAUACCCGACCCUGUAUUCUCGAAAUCGUGUCGUGGUAAUGAUGACAGUCACUUGGUGUCUCGGGUUCGGUAGCAGCUGUUAUAAUGUUUUCUUCUACGCUAACACCGACGGUGUUUGCAUGUCGCUUAACAUUCCUGGCGCCCAGGCUGUAGGCGUUAUGAUAUUUCUGCUGCAGUACCUUAUCCCCGUGGUAGCUAUAUUGCUUGCCUACGUUCACAUCACCGUGGUUCUGAAGCGAGGAGCAGACCGUGUCGGCCCACAGCCCACUGGACAAUCGGGUGUAGAGGCGGCGGGUGCAUCCCUGUUGCGAGCCCGACGAAACACCUUCAAGACACUGCUCAUUGUAUUCAUCACUUACGUCUUCUGCUGGACUCUCAACUCAAUUAUAUUCUUCAUGUUCAACUUUGGCUAUCCGCUGGACUUCAACGGGGCGUUGUACAUCGUCUCAGUUGCCUUGGUAGCGAUCAACUCCUGUGCCAACCCAAUCAUUUACGCGGUCAAGUACCGACAGUUUAGACAGGGACUGAAGAAGAUCUUCUGGCGAAAAGAAACUAACGUGCAAAACAGCGACGCUACCAGACCAGUGACAAUUACAUAAAAAUUAUCAAUCCAAAAGAGAUGACUUCAUAUACCAAAACUAAGUAAUACCCUGUUGUUAACGCUUUUUGAUGCAUUUUGGAAAUGAAUUGUGAUGCUGUUUGGAAGUUUGGUAAAAUUUGGUAUGUAUUAAAUAGAGAUGUGUAGCUUUCUGGAGAAUACUUUUCCUUAUUGUCUGCUGUGUAUGGUUAUCUGAAACAUAAAACUGUACAGGAACGUGAAACAGAAUUACAAUUCCCUGUUGGAUGUCACACGCCAUUAUUGGACCUGUAAUGCUGGUUUUUAUUCGCAACUGCUGCCUGCUAUCCAACCGGAGUGGGACCAUGAGAGGGCGCAUUUUUCCAAGCAACAGAGGCUUCCUUGGUGGGGACUGCACUUUGCUGAUUUUACAAGCGACUACGAAAUGCACGCGUCAACAAAACGAACACUCCCCACAAUAUGGUUUCUUUUCAACCGAUGGAGGGGUACUUCUGCUCA